AGAUCUUCCAACUGCCGUAAACUGAAGUUACUAAAUCUUAGUCGUGUAGCUUGCAUGCGUUGCUUGAAGAGUCAUCGUAAAUCUGGACUUUCCUCUUUAAGCUUUCAUGCGAAAACGGUAGCGUCCUUUAGUUUUACGCUGCCCGUAAGUCACCCGUUAAUCUCGGCGUAAAAGAGCAUUGGAUUCCUCUGGACCAUCUGCGAAUCUCCUAUGUGCCCUGUUGACGAAGAGCUCGAUCCGCAAAAAAUGGAAGAUGAUGGCGAGGCGAUGGACAAAAUCCCCUACCGAGUAGCCAGAACUCCAUCGGAGCUGGAGAGCAUUCGCCGGCAUUUCAGCGCAAGCACAAGCCAGGUUCACGUCACGGCCCUGGACGAAGUCGUAAGUGUCAAUUCCUUCUUCACUGUCGCGGUCUUCGUCGGCAUCACGCUCACCACCUCCAACCUCCACGUUGGCUCUCCCAACGACGCCAAGCACGAAUGCAUCCCCGGCCCCUCCACUUUCAAGCGUCUCAUUGUCUACGAAGUCGUCGCUUUCAGCUUCUUCCAGUUCUCGAGCCUCGUGGCGCACGGCCUCAAGCUCCUCAUGGUUUUCAAGAACAGCAAAGAGGCUUCGGUGGACUCGGCAACGAUGAACCACAAGCUGCUACGCCUGGGGAUACUCGCGUCAGCAGUCGGAUCUGGCGCUGGAACCGUCUUCCUCAUGCUCUCCCUCAUCAACUACGUCCAGUUGAGAUUUGGAAGCCUCGUCUGCGGCGAUUCCUGGGUGCUUCAGGCUGCCGUCCCGCUCAUCGUCCUCGUCUCUACUGGCGUUGUCAUCUUCAUCUCGGCUGUCUUUUAUGCUUUCCUUCACUGACAAGGCACCCGGGAGACAGCGUGUUCUUCCAACGUGACCCGGUCAGAACGUAAACACGGUCCCCACGGAAUUGUCACUGUCGAGAACUUUGUCGUAAUUCGACACCUUUGCUAUUGCGUUCUC